AUGCUCUUAUUCGGCAUGAUCCUCUUAUGGUUAGGCUUCGGUCUACCUUAUCUAAACUUUGGUAAUUCCCAAAAUAUCACCAACACCACUUCGAGUCCAGCGUUUGAUUCAUCCAACUCCUCCAACUCGUCAUUUACCUCUUAUCCCACUUUAAAUCUCACCUACCUUUCUUCACCUGUACCAUACCCCCUCAAUGGCAAGUAUCACAACCCCACUCACUCUAAAUGGCACUCCGCCCAUAAGAAAGCAAAAGCCUACUUGGCGAAUUGGUCGAUAGAAGAGAAAGUGACCCUGACGACGGGGAUGGGAUGGGAACAAGGUAGAUGUCUAGGUAAUAUCGCGGCUAUCCCCUCGAGGAACUUUAGCGGAUUGUGUUUGAUGGAUAGUCCUUCGGGGAUUAGGUUGACGGAUGGGAAUAGUGCGUUCGAAGCGGGGGUUAAUGUAGCUUCUACCUUCGACAAAGACCUCAUGUACGCUCGGGGUUACGCAAUGGGGCAAGAGUUUAAAGGCAAAGGCGCGCAUAUAGCCCUCGCGCCCAUGACCAACAUGUAUCGCUUACCUGCCGCUGGACGUAACUGGGAAGGAUUUGGGGGCGAUCCUUACCUAUCUGGAUGGGCUACCGAGAUGAGUAUACGGGGAUUGCAAGAUGCAGGUGUACAAGCUACCGUCAAACAUUUCAUAGGCAACGAACAAGAACGCAAUCGCACUACGUCUAUUUCUCAAUUGACCGAUCGGACCAUGCGUGAGAUUUACUCUCAUCCGUUCCUCAAAGCGGUACAAGCGGAUGUAUCUUCCGUAAUGUGUUCCUACAACCUUCUGAACGGUACCUGGGCAUGCGAGAAUUCCGAAUUACUGAAUGGAAUCCUCAAAGAAGAUUUCGGUUUCCAAGGAUAUGUCAUGUCAGAUUGGAAUGCUCAACAUUCCGGUGUUUAUUCUGCGAACUCAGGAUUGGAUAUGACCAUGCCUGGUGAUAUCGAGCAGAAAUCCUUGACUUCGUACUGGGGAAGGAAUCUGACUGAAUCGGUGAAUAAUGGGAGUGUAUCGAUAGAUAGAUUGGAUGAUAUGGUGGUCAGGAUCCUGACACCGUAUUUCAUGCUUGAUCAGAAUGAUGGAUAUCCCGAAGUGAGCUUUGAUUCGGCUAGACCGAAAGCGGAGGCGAAUAAUUCGCAUGUCGAUGUGAGGGAAGAUCAUGCCAAGUUGAUUCGACAUAUUGGCUCAGCAUCGACUGUCCUCCUGAAGAAUGUUAACAAAACCCUUCCAAUUAAAUCACCUCGUAAGAUCACUCUGAUCGGAUCAGAUCUCGGACCGUCCUACAAAGGACCAAACGGGUACCCCGACCGAGGUGGGGAUGAAGGUACCUUGGCGAUGGGUUGGGGAUCCGGUACAUGUAAUUUCCCUUAUCUCGUUGAUCCCCUUCAGGCAAUCUCAGCCAAAGCGAUCAAAGACGGUACUCAGCUCGAUUGGUUCUUUGACGAUUUCGAUAUUGAGUCUGCUCAAGAUACAGCUACGGGGUCCGAUGUGGUGAUCGUAGGUAUAAAUUCUGACUCGGGUGAAGAGUACAUCACGGUAGAUGGGAAUAUAGGCGAUAGGAAUAAUAUAUCUGCUUGGCGUGGUGGUGAUGCUCUCGUCAAAGCUAUAGCGGAGUCGAAUAACAAUACGAUAGUGGUGGUUCAUUCGGUCGGUCCGAUAGAUGUGGAACAAUGGAUUGAACAUCCCAAUAUCACUGCGGUCCUAUGGGCAGGUUUACCAGGUCAAGAAUCUGGACACUCCCUUGUUGACAUUUUAUAUGGGAAAUAUAAUCCCUCUGGAAGACUUCCUUAUACAAUCGCAAAGGAAUUGCAAGAUUACCCUGCGCAACUGAAUUAUGUGAAUACGGAUGAGGUCGAACAUCCCCUUGUGGAAUAUAGGGAAGAACUGAAUAUAGAUUAUAGACAUUUCUUAUCUCGGAAUAUCACACCAAGGUAUGAAUUUGGGUUCGGACUGAGUUAUACGACGUUCGAAUAUGGGAAGUUGGAGAUGUGGUAUGGCGAUGAUGGAAAGGAUUGGGAUAAAGGUACUAAAAAUCUAGGAGUAAGAGGGGAGGAAGAGAUGGAUGAUGAUGCUAGUGCAGCGAAUGGUACGGAUGGUAUAGGGGCAAGUGGAGGAUCGACUAGAGGUAAUACCACAAGGAUUAGUAAGUUGGGGUCGUUCACACGUGAAUCCCUACACAGACCUCGUUGGACUAUCUCAGUGGACGUCACCAACACAGGCGAUGUACUAGGAUGCGAUAUUCCUCAAUUGUACUUAUCAUAUCCGAAAGAAGCUGGAGAGCCACCAAAGGUAUUGAGGGAUUUUAACAGGGUGCAACUCUGGCCAGGCGAUACGAAAUCGGUGACUUUCCAAUUAUCCAAAUACGAUGUAAGUAUAUGGGAUGUUGUGAAGCAGAGAUGGGUUAUACCUAAAGGUGAAUUUGGGAUCGAAGUUGGUAGAAGUAGUAUGGAUGAGCAGAGUGUGAAGACCCAAUGGUGUUUUAGGGGAUGUGAUUAA